AUGUCUACCUGGAAAGCCGCCGGUAUCACCUACGUCCGAUUCUCCGCCAUCGCUGCUGGAGCUCUCAAGCGAGGCUUGAACGCCGAGGCCAUUGCCAAGCGAGCCGGUGGAUCUGGCCAGAACAUCAUCGCCCGACAGUGGGCUAACGGCAAGCCCAACGGAGACUUCAUUAUCGGAAACAAGGUCAUGGAAGCUCUUUAA